CUUCCCACUAGUUUUAUAUCAGAAACCAGCAGCAUAAACAAACUAGCAUUAGCACGAAAAGCUAGUUAUUUACGGAGCUAUCUUAAAUAAAAGGGCUACUACUCAAUGUUUCGCUUGUGUUCAGACACUCUCAAUAUACAGUGAGUGAAGUUACCACGGUUAAUGUUUACGCUGCCUGGACAUGGACGAGCCGGACACCGCAGCGAUUCUUCCCGGGGACGUGCUUACCGCCACGGACGAGGAGACACACGACUCUGGGGACCACAAACAUGAGGCUGAAGUAGCGAGCACCGGCUUCGUACGACCACCGUUUAGGGUUACAUGCCCGGUGUCUGUGGAGCCGGUGCUGUUCCUUUCCAUGUUUUCUCUGGCCCUGCAGGCGCCUCUGUCCACUCAGUACCUGUGGGACCGCAUCAGCGAGGACCUCGGCUACAACGGCUCCAAGAGGUCGGGGUGCAGCAACGGCUCCGUGCCCCCCGACCCGCUGCAAACGGAGGUGGAAAUCUUGACUGCCCACUGGAACCUGUACAUCAGUCUUGGGGGAUUUUCUGUAGGCCUGUUUGUGGUGCCUCUGCUGGGCUCAUGGAGCGACCUCGCUGGUCGAAGACCCGUCCUCAUCCUCCCCAACAUUGGCCUGGCCCUCCAAGCGGUGGUUUACCUGGUGGUGAUGUACCUGAAGCUGCCUGUGGGCUACUUUCUAGUUGGCAGGCUGCUAAGCGGCCUUUCCGGGGAUUUCAACGCCAUCCUGGCAGGCUGCUUUGCAUAUGUGGCUGAUACCAGCGACAGAAAGUCCCGCACCAUCAGGGUGGCAAUCUUGGAGGCUUGUCUGGGCCUUUCAGGGAUGCUAGCCAGCAUCAUCGGAGGGCAGUGGCGGCAGGCACAGGGGUACAUCAAUCCCUUCUGGCUCGUCCUGGCCACAAACUUGGCCUCGGCUCUGUACGCUUACCUGUUCGUCCGUGAGUCGGUCGUGCCUGACCCCAGUGCCAAGCUCCUCACUUCCCGCCACUAUAAAGCUGUCUGGCACCUCUUCUCAACAGGAGGCAGUACCAGUGACGCCGGCGGGACAUUUCACAGAUGCAAGCUAUGGCUUUACAUGCUGUGUUUCUUUCUGGUGGUGACUGUACACUUCGGCAGCAGGGAGUUGUACGUGUUGUUUGAGCUGAGCUCCCCGCUCUGCUGGGGAUCGGCCCUCAUUGGCUACGGAUCAGCAGCUCAGAACCUGGCCUACCUCAGCAGUCUGCUGGGGCUGAAGAUCAUGCAGCACUGCCUGGAAGACUCCUGGGUGGCUCUCGUGGGUCUGGCCUCCAACGUCAUCGGGCUGGUGGUGUUCUCUGUCGCUGACACCACACAGCUCAUGUUCACAGGUUACGGUCUGUGUUUCCUCUUCAUGGCUGCGACGCCUGUGCUCAGGUCAAAGCUGUCCAAGUUGGUCGGCCAAUCAGAACAAGGCGCCCUGUUUGCCUCUGUUGCCUGUGUGGAGAGCUUGUGUUUCCUGGUGGGCAGUGGCCUUUUUAACUCCCUGUACCCAGCCACGCUGCACUUCAUGAAGGGCUUCCCCUUCCUUUUUGCUGCCAUCAUCCUCUUCAUCCCUGCUGGAAUAAUCGGGACCCUGCAAUGUUUGGACCAGAGGAGAGACAACAGAGACUCCACAGCAUCCUGACCUGAAGAGAAGCAGAGGGCAGGAACGUGUCAGAGAGCUAACGUUUGUCCUGGUGUCAGUCUAUGAGGUGAGCAGCUCUGACAUGCAUCUGUCCAUCAGCAGUGCUGGGAGAGACUGUAAUCUCAACACAGUGAUAGGGUAGCUGACUGUUUUUUAACUAGCUCAAUGGAGGGAUUCUUACUAGUGUCACCAAAGGGAUCAAGACUUUAGGAUGAAGAAUCAACCUCCUGGCUGAAAUGACUUUAAAACCGACACAAAGUGGAGAGGGGGAUUUGUUAAAUCUCUGCUGGCCAGUCUUCUGAUGUCUCAACAUGACAUUUAUACAAAUGGUGAACAGAACAAGGUUCGUAGCACGUUUUAUGUUGUGAUUAUAUAUAUUUUAAAUACAGUGUAAUGUGUGCCAACGAAAAUGCCUUAUAUUUCAAUUUGAAUGUAUUAAUAAUACACACAACAGCUUAAGGUGCUAACCAUAAGAGGAAAAUCACAAACUCCUCAGUUGCUCCAAAACAUUUCAAGCAAGGGUGCAACCAAACUAUCAGCAAUCCACAGCAGAGACAGUGAAAUAGGAGCCGUAGCCGGGGGAAUACCGGGUUACACUUUGACCCUCCUCGCUCCAUAGUGUACACUCCCUGAAGAGUCCCACCACCACAAACAACACAGGAUCGUCCCAGAGCACAGGCCUAGUGCCAGCAUGCACACCGGGGUCCGGACUUAUGCACAGAGAGGGAACAAGAGCUGCCAAAUCAUAUUUAAAAUGUUCGAAGGGAAGAUAAAGAGGUACUACUGUGAAUUGAUCAACAUGAGAUUACUUUCUCAAAGCCAUUAUGCAAAUGUUGGGGCAACAAAACUUUACCGACAAAAGGAUCUAUUUUUGUCCUAUUUUUUGUCAAUUGUGCAAUAUUUAUUAUAAGUUGCAACAGAUUGAAAUAGAACUUGAUCAUGAUUUUCAUAGUUUGUAAUAAUAUGGUUAAAUCUGUUUAUUUCUGUUUACA